CGCAGCGGCGUGUUGUGCGCCGUCGUUUAUCCGCGCGCGUUUGACUGCGCUUCUCGCGCAACCCGAGCGUUCUCUUUGAAGUUGCCGCGCGGGGCUAGCAGGGCUGCCGGCAUCCCUGCCGCGCGGGGGCUGAAGCCCCGGCUGUGGGGAGAGCCCUCCGGGCCUGCUCCUUCGGCCAAGCGCCUCCCGCUAAACCGCAAGACCCUGCGGGUGAGGUCUUUCCGCCGCUGCCGCCGCCAUUAUGUCGGCGGGCUUCUCCUUCGGAGCCGGCACGUUGGCUUCCGCUACGGCAGCUGCUGCGGGCACCGGCGGGGGAGGCGGCGGCGGAGGUUUUUCUUUUGGAGGCACCCCGAGCUCAUCUGGAGGCCUUAACUUUGGAACAUUGGGUUCAACAGCUACUGCUACUACAACUACUCCUUCUGUGGGUUUUGGCACUGGACUUUUUAGCUCAAAGCCUACCACAGGUUUUACCUUAGGAGGGACUAAUACAGGAACAGCUACAACUAUUGCGGCAGGAUUAACAUUAGGCACACCUGUUUCUACUACUACUACUACUACGGGCCUUAGUUUGGGUUUCAGUAAACCUGCUGGAUCAGCCACCCCAUUUGCUCUAGCUUUCACUCCCACUUCUUCUGGACUUCCAUUAUCUUCUGCCCUUACUUCUGCUCCAGCAGCAGGCUCUUCUGGUUUUACAUUAAAUUUGGGAGGCACCACAGCUCCAACCACAACUGUAUCUACAGGACUUUCUCUGGGGGGAGCCUUGACUGGUUUAGGAGGAACACUGUUCCCAAAUGCAAGUACAGCGACAACAGGGCUUGGACAAAAUGCUUUUGGUUUGACCCUUGGGACAGCUGCAGCACCUGCUACCACAGUUAAUGAAGGUCUUGGUGGCAUAGAUUUCAAUAGUUCUUCAGAUAAAAAGAGUGACAAAACAGGAACAAGACCAGAGGAUAGCAAAGCACUAAAAGAUGAAAAUUUACCUCCAGUAAUUUGCCAAGAUGUAGAAAAUCUCCAGAAGUUUGUGAAAGAACAAAAACAGGUUCAGGAAGAAAUCAGCCGAAUGUCUUCUAAAGCGAUGCUUAAAGUGCAAGAGGAUAUAAAAGCUUUGAAGCAAUUAUUAUCAGUGGCUGCAAGUGGAUUACAGAGAAAUACUCUUAAUAUUGAUAAACUAAAACUGGAGACUGCUCAGGAACUUAAAAAUGCUGAGAUAGCACUAAGGACACAAAAAACACCUCCUGGUCUUCAGCAUGAAAAUACAGCACCAGCAGACUACUUCAGGAUUUUGAUUGAGCAGUUUGAAGUACAACUGCAGCAGUACAGACAGCAGAUUGAAGAACUGGAAAAUCAUCUUGCUACCCAAGCCAACAAUUCACACAUAACGCCACAAGAUUUAUCCAUGGCUAUGCAGAAAAUUUAUCAAACAUUUGUAGCUCUAGCUGCACAGCUUCAAUCAAUACAUGAAAAUGUCAAGAUGCUCAAAGACCAGUAUCUUGGAUACAGAAAAACCUUUUUAGGAGAUGCUGUGGAUGUGUUUGAGGCAAGGCGAGUAGAAGCAAAGAAAUGGCAGACUGCCCCACGAAUUACAACUGGACCUACUCCUUUCAGCAACAUACCAAACGCAGCGGCCAUUGCCAUGGCUGCAACACUUACACAGCAGCAACAGCCUGCUACAGGGCCACAGCCGACUCUGGGAAUUAGUUUUGGAACGCCCUUCGGUUCAGGUAUUGGCACUGGCUUGCAGUCAAGUGGCUUAGGCUCUUCAAGCCUCGGAGGAUUUGCAGGUAGUGCUGGUUUUGGAAGCAGUGCUCCAGGUGCACCGUCAUUUGGAUUUGGAGCAACAAAUAAGCCUUCGGGAAGCCUUAGUGCAGGCUUUGGCAAUUCGAGCACAUCUGGGUUUAACUUCAGCAAUCCUGGCAUCACAGCAUCUGCUGGCCUGACAUUUGGGGUGUCCAAUCCAGCCUCUGCAAGUUUUGGUACAGGAGGACAACUUCUCCAGCUGAAGAAACCCCCAGCUGGAAACAAAAGGGGAAAAAGAUAAAUAUGAAAAAAGGAUAGGUGGGAUAGGGUCAGGUGAAAAAAAGGACAAUGCAUUCAUUUAGUUCAUCCUGAAAAUAUAUAUUUUUUUAAAUUGAUAUAGUAGGUGCUCUGUGUCCUUGGAGAUUUAUAACAUUUUGCUACUUCUUCCCAUUCUGGGCUAAAAACUGUACUUGUUACAAAUGCUAUCUAUUUUUUGUGAAUCAAAGCUUCUUUGUCUUCUCUAUAUGUAAUUAUUAAGGAAACUUAUAAAACCAUCUAUUUAAAGUAAUGUUAGUAACAAACUAUUUUUGUUGAUAUGAUUUACACCAUACAUAGAUACGCAUAUUGGGUUUCUUUUUAAAGCGAAAGUAUAUUCUAAGAUUCAGAAACUUAAAUCCAUAUCUUCUGUUGUGUGAUAUGGCCUUUUAAAAACAUCGGGGUGGUUUUGUGUAUAUGUAUGUAAAUAUAUACAGUAUAAAUGAAUAUUCAUGUAUAUGAAUUAUAUAUAAUGCAUUUCAAACCAUGUGGGUUAUUUCUAAGUGCGAUUUGGGGUAUUCUAUCAUGUCCUGAAAUACUGUUAGCAUAUGCAAGAGCAGUUGUAAUAUCUACUGCAUGUAAGAUAUUGUGGCCUGUUUGGAUUCUCUUUUUUCAUUUCAUUUUUCCUUUCAUUCAACGCAUUAACUGAAUUAGGUGUUCACUGUAAGCAUUCUAUAUGGAUUUGUUUCUCAACAAUUGUGAUCUGUCUUUAGAGAGAAAGGCUUCAGAAGGGUUUUUGAGAAUUUUGGAAUGGCCUCAGUUUGGAAAAAAAAAGUUCAUACAAAUGAUUGGUGGGUGCCCUCAAUUGUGACAAUUUAUCAGGAGAGUAAAGCUGCAUAAAAUUCCAUGUAAAUCUAAGUUGCAGCAUUUCCCAUGGACUUUGUUUUCUUAUAUUGUACAGUUCAUCCAAGUAGAGAUUAUCUAGGCUAUGCUAUGGCUGUUGUAAACCAGAUUUACUCAAUUUAUGCUGAGGGAUUUUUCUACCAUCAUGAGAAAGACCCAACUGACCUUAACUGCACCAUUCUGAACAGAUGCAUAAAAUCUCUAAUCUGGAGUUGAUGCUUAUCUGUCCUAAGUAAGAUAGCAGGUUUCUUGUUAGCUUACAAAUCAUAGAUGAACGAUAUUUUGCUAACUGAUAAUUUGUUUCAGACAAAUUCAGCAGAACAAGUCUUACUCUGAAGUUGAGUUUAUACUAUUGUCGCACAUUGAGCUGUAUUCCUAACUAAGUGAAUGUUUAAAGAGAAGCAACAGGAAUAUUUAUUGCCUUAAAUGAUGGGUUAGAAUCCCAGUCCUUGAACUGUGUUGCUAGCGCUGACCCCAUUUAAUUCUACAGGGUUUGUGUUAGGGCCUUUUUUUAAAAGGGUCAGAUUGUAAAUCUCUACAGCACGUGUGUACAGAAUUUUGGUGAAGUCUAACCUUUUUACACAGAGAAUAUUUUGUAUGUAACUCAAAUGUUCGCAAUUUGACUGAGGCACCUUUCAGAAACAAACAGGUGUAUGUAUAUAUCCUGGUUAUGAAGUUGGCUGCUUUCAGUUCAGUACUAUUUUUCUAAGUUCUAAAUGUUUUAUGUCAUACAAGAGAAGUUGUCUGACAAAUGUGAGUUUUGAAUGCAAUAGAUUCAGAGUCUAUUUAGCACAAGACUUUUUAUAUUGGUUGUGAAUAGCACCAAAGUUUGAAGGUUUUUAUUUUCUUUUUUCUUUGUGGAAGGAGGAAGUUUUUAAUUUUUGUUCAAUUAAGGAGGGCUAAGUGAAUUUUGUUUUAAAUUUGUGUUGUGUUGUACUUCAGUUAAAGUUGGUAGACCUGAUGUAUGUAUGUUGUUUUUUACACAAUUAAAAUAUUAAACCACUGAGUUCUUUAUUGUAUAUUAUUUGUGAAGCUAUUUUUUAACAGUGCUGCUGUCUUUGUGUGUGCAACUUUUUGUUCUCAAAUAAUAAAAUUGUUUGAAGGGA